UCGAGAAACAGUGUAUUCGAGGAACCGUCUCAGCCACAGGCCCCUGGUAUAGUUUCCAGUAUGACACAGUUGCCGAAGUUUUCCGUUCGCGCCUUCGAGGACAGGCGUGACGUACCGAACGACGGUACUCCGGCAGUCGUCAACGUUGUAAUAAACCCCUUCAGCGGAAAACCAGGACUUCGAUCUAUGUCGGACAGUCGACAACCUACUACUCCUUCGUUGUCGAACGUCAGUCGACGUCGACGCCAUCGCCAUCGCGACUACUUGGCGACUGUCUCGAAGGCGAAAUCAAGUUUCGACACCCCUUUCCACAUCUCUGAACGACCUCCAAGAAAGCGACGCAGGUCCUCGAACAGCAUCGACUCUGUAUGCAUUCCGGCUGUGGAGACAAGACCUGUUGCGGAACGCAACACUGAAUCAUCAACCCAGACUCGAAACGCCGUGGUCAAGACACCAAACCCCAUCAGUCCACUGGCAUACUUCAGACCACCCGCAAACGCGAACGCAACGAGCCGCACUACGGAGCCAGACUCUCCGAAAGCUGAGUCAACGGCGCCACGCGAUACGGACCAAUCGCCUGUGAACGUGGUCAGGCGAGAUCCCAUGAACCAUCUCUGGAAUGCGACCUGUUUCAGUUAUGGCUGCUGCAUCGCAUCCGUGAUCUGCAUGGUCCUGUUGUGCUUCUGCGCUCUUGCCGUCACCAGUUCUGGCGAAUCAUUAAUUAAGGCAGCAGGGCUUUACAUGGGCAGGGCAUCGACAACACCACUCCCGUUACGCGAGGCGCAUGUUCCACUCAUAGUUGAAGUAAUGCCUAAUGCCACCGAACCAACCAUCCAUAGUGUUGCAGUCGAGGACCCGGCAAUGGUGACAAGGGAAAUUCAAACCACUUCCGAGGGUGACGUUGCGCCCUGGUGUACAGGAGCGCUUUGCGAGUACGACGUCUUAAAUUUCAAAGGCUCUUCGUUUAAUCCGUGCGAGAAUUUCCACAAGUUCGCGUGCUACCGCUGGAGUAGUGAUUCUUCCAACCAAUCGCGCAGCUUUGAUACUGAUCAGAACCAAGAGACAGAAAACAUUCUACAAACCUUGCUGACUGGAAACAAGUCGGGUACCCUGGUUGGAGCAGUUUACGAUCUAUGCAAGGACGAGAUAUCUCUGGCUGAUUCCAAAGUCUACCUCGCUUCCCUCCUUCAGCGUACGGGUCUCGCCAAAUGGCCCCACAAGCAUACUGUCCUCAGCAAAACCGAACUGUGGAGGAUCCACGCCAGAAUAUUCCGCCUUCUGGGCAUAUCCCUGCUUGUAUCUAUUUCGAUAGUACCAGACCUUGCGAACAUUUCCAGAUUCCUUAUAAGUUUAGAUGCGCCGGAAUCUCUCCUGCACGCUUCCGUGAGGUUGCCCGGCUGGUACCUUUCGGCUCUGUACAGAGCAACGAGCUACUUUGAACCAAACUUCUUUGAAGACAUCUCGCAGAGAGUGCUCAAAUUUGUAUCCAAAUUGGCACAGCUGAGAACGAGAUACAAGGAAAGGCCACAAGUCACAACUUUGGACAACCUGCCUUCAUAUGUACAUCUAAUCAAGUAUACUGUCGGCGAUCUGCACAAGUUAACACCCAGUUCACGAGUUGUUCUACAGUGCCAGGCAUACUUCAAGGCUCUCGAGGGCUUAGCUACGCACACCAAGAGCGCUGACAUAUACAACUUCUUUGGCUUUCGGGUCGUCCUCCAUAUGUCGCCUGUCUUGUCCAAUGAGUUCGAGGCCAUGAGUGUUGCUCAGAUGGCUCGGAUGACGGGACGCUGGCAGACUAUGUGGCCACGCUGGCAGCGAUGUCUUUGGUAUGUCGACGACAUGGACCCUGCCCUUUUGCUCAAUUCCUUCGGAAAUUACGUACAACACCAACCGCUAGAUGUCUCUUCGAAGAUUCACGAAAUAUCCACGACUUUGUUCAGCUACGUCGGGGACCUGGAAUGGUGCCUUCAGGAGAAGGGUCGCGAGUGCCUCCGCUUCCUCAAUUCCACCAAUAUCAAGGUGAUCAAUACAACGGACAUGGACAUUCCUCCAGUAUUUACUAACAUCACUGCAGGCUACUUUGUCGAAGACUACCUCCUUUUCAAGCAGAAAUCCAUCCAACUUCGUCUUGCAUCAACGAAGCAACUUCGAUGCCGCCUAGCAGCCACCCUGUCCGUCUUCAGUCGCAAUCCAUCGUACGACCCAUAUUCCCAAAGUCUCUAUCUACCAACUGCUUCAACGUAUGCCACGUUUCACGAAAGAGGUUUGCAUCUUCGUUACCCUUACAUGUUACAUAAAGUGUUCACCGCUUUGCUCAGGAACUUGAGACUGCACGUGCUACAGGGGUAUGUAGCCCAAAGCCGGAACGUGAUCGGAUCCACUAAAUGCGUCCGGUACCAGAAGCGGAGCUUGGGCUUAGACGGACAGUGGUCGCUGAAGAGGCUCAAAAUUGACACCACGUCCUGGGACCUGACGUUUCGUCACUGCUUCAGGGAUACUUCGUCCAAGGACAAUACCCUCAUAACUGGAAUGAGUGCCGAGAGGGCGUUCUUCAUCUUGGCUGCGAUUGGACGAUGUAGAAACAACGCAUCAGAAACUGUCCGGUCGCAAAUGGCGUCCAGGAGUUACGUAGCAGGGGAAGAUUACGUGAACGAGCCCUUUUUGAAUCUAAGAUGCUUCGGCAGGGUCUGGUCCUGUCCAGAUAACAGCUCAAUGAAUCCGGUCAAGAAGUGCAGUUUGUCGAGGUCGUAAUAGUUUUAUAAUCGAUAAGUGUACUUCAUUCCAUCUGAUUUGUUACACACAAAUUCUAUGGAUAAUUAUGCCGAAUUAUUAAACUGUUUCAUUGUGUA